UCGAACCAAUGGGAUCCAUAGAACCAGUCGGACUUUGUAAUCACUAUAAAAAUAGUCCGUUUGGAUUAUGGAAAAGUAAGAAGAUAACCGAUGAAGGGCAUUGUUUUGCCAAACUACAAAACAUUGUACAUAUGAUGUCGUUCCCGAGGGCUAAACACAAAGAUGGAUUGUAUUUUGGUCACGUACAAUACGUAGAUACAGACUCCAUUAUUACGUCCUUAAGUUACCCCUUCAGGACAAUUUUGGACACUGAUCUGCAAUGGAUUGUAAACUUUAAACCACACCAAUUUGCUAAAUUGAUUUUCACAAACGUCUCUUUAUCAGAGUGUGCACUCGUUGUUAAAUCAUCGCAAGUGGACAACAACGAAUUUAUCAUUGAUGAGAAUUUCAACAACGAAGUAUUUGUAAUAGAAACAAACAACAACGUGUUGUUUUUAACAACUACUCUAACAAGGAUAUGGCCACCAUCAUUAAAAUUCCGGGCAAUCAUAACUGCUGAAGAAACCGCAGCUUGUCUUUCAAUCGAUUCACUUGGUCAUUCAAAAAGAACGAAAAGACGAAAUGAGAUUUGCACUGAGCCAACCAUGAUCCUUACAACUCUUUCGGCUUUAAAUCUUUGUCAAGAUUGCGAAGAAGAGUUCACAAUUCAAGCCGGUGAACAUCAAAGCAUUGAUAUUACCUUCAUAUAUUGGGACACAAUUUGUCCAGAAUCUUAUUGUAAGUAUAUUUAAAUCCUACCAACUUCAGAUAUAGUUUUAUUCUAUAAAUAAUAAAUUCGAGCUUAUAUGAUGCUUUUGUUAUGGACACCUUGUGUAAUGUAAUGUAAUGGUACAGUUUACUAAAAUGAUGACCAUCUUACAAUCAUACAUGUCGGAUAUUUAUUUAACAUAUUUCAAUGAAAUGAGCGAAUACCUCUUAUUAUACAAUUUUAAUAAAAUAUGUUAAUUUCUUAGUUACGAGCCUUCUAGUUGAUAGUGUAGAUACAAUGUAGCGGAGAGACUGAAACAAAUAUGUCUCAACAAGGCGAAAAACCAUUUUUUUUGUCCUGCUCGACUCAUAGUGACUGUAAUACCAAUAUUUAGGAAAUAAUGUUGGUCUACGCUUUGAACACGAAUGAGAUGUUUGUCAAGUUAUUCAAAUGACACAAAUGAUACGAAUACAUCAUGCAUGUUUAAGGUAUAGAAUAUCUACAUCUGGAACUUUCGACAGAUGACUAUAAGUGUGGGUUCCAUCGACUUAUAUUUCAACAAAUAUGUAUGUGUGUUGCUUCCUUUUUAUACUUAUAUCUUAUUCAUUUCCUUCUUUCAAGAUGGUUCAAAUGAGGUCACUCAAUGAGAUUUUGAAAAUCUUUUGCUAUUUUCUAAUCUUAUAUAUCCUUCUUUCUCUUUUGUUAAAAGUUAAAGUAUAUUUUUUUUAACUUAGCCUAUGUGUCAAAGGUAAAUCUUCUUCCCCUGAUCUAGGUCUGAGACUUGAAAUUGAAGCGUAGUGGCAAAAUCGUCUGUCAUAUAUUCAGGCAUUACGGCGCUCUAUAGUUCGACUGGAUGAUUUUUGACGGAGCACUAAGUGACAAUUCGACAAAUCUCUCAAGUCAUUUGCAUCCUGAAGUUUAUAAUAUGAGAGUUGUCUUUACUGGGCCAAACAGAUUUAAGACACUGUACAAGUUAAGAUCUAUCGAUAGCUGCACAUUAUAGUUACGGUUUUACUGAAUUUGUGAUGAUGCAUUUUUGUUGGAAGGCAACUUAAAUCAUGUUCUUGCUUUAACACCACUUGCGUAAGUUGCAUACAAGAGUUCCACUAUCUUAGUGUUUUCUCAAAAAACACGUAUAACAACAAACUGUAUGAAGCUGUGUCUUUGUGAAAAAGGUAUGGCUUUAGCACGGAGUAAGAUAUCAGAAAAUCAGCACGACAUUGAAACUUUACCAAAUGUAUCAUCGACUUCCAUGCUGGCACGACGUUGGGCAGGAUAUAAAAAGAUGUUUAAACUUUGCCCAAACGCCUGCUGACACGACAUUUGGCUGGGCAUCAAUAGAACAUUUAAGAAAUUACCGAAUGUUGUGCUGGCAGGGGUUUCGGUAAAAUUUCAAUGUCCUCCUGUAUGUCAAGCCGAAGGUCCUGCCUGCAGCAAAAUUCGAUGUCCUCCUUAUAGUCCUGCCGAAUGUCGUUUCAGCAGAAUUUUCGGUCAAAUUCCUAUGUCCUGCUGAAUUAUCUGCUUAAUAUCGUGCCAGCAUGGAAUUCUGUAGGAUUAAAUGUUCUACCGUCAAAAGUGUUUCCAUAUCCAUACCCCAUUCAAUUGUGUUUCAUCUUAUGAUCACCUUGAAUUAUAUCUAUGUAUUCUGAUCAUUUUCAAUUGUGUCUCUGUCUCCAGACCAAUUUCAAUUGUGUUUCCGUCAACAGACUACCAUUCAAUUGUGUUUCAUCUUAUGAUCACCUUGAAUUAUAACUAUGUUUUCUGAUCAUUUUCAAUUGUGUCUCUGUCUCCAGACCAAUUUCAAUUGUGUUUCCGUCCACAGAAUACCUGGAAUUAAGUGUCCGUUUCCAAUCGACCUUUACUUGUGUUUCCGUCUACUGACCACCUUUAAUUGUAUUGUGUCUCCGUCACCAGACCAAUUAGUCCCUUGGCUCUCUGUCCCCUGACCACAUUCAAUUGCGAUUCCGUUUCCAUACCUAUUUUAAUUGUGUCUUUGUGUCCAGACCACCUUCCGUUGUCUUUCCGUUUACAGACCAUCUUCAUUUCUUUCCGUCUUCAAACACCAUGAAACGUUUCGUCUCCUGACCACCCCGAAUAGUGAUUCCAUUUCCAUACCCCCUGCAAUUGUGUUUCCGUCUCCGGACCACCUUGAAUUUUGUUUCCGUCUCCAGAUUAUCUUAAAUUUUGCCUUCGUCGCCUGACCACGUCCAAUACCGAUUCCGUUUCUAUUAAACUUUCAAUUGUGUUCCCGUUACCAAACCCCUUCAACUGUGACUUGGUUUUCAUACCACCUUCAGUUGUGGCUUCGUUUACUGACAACCUUCAAUUAUGCUUUCGUUUCUAGACCACAUUUAGUUGUGGUUCCGUUUACUGACAACGUUCAAUUGUGCUUCCGUUUCCAGAGCACCUCAAUUGUGUCCCCGUCUCCAGCCCAACUUCUAUUGUGUGCUCUGUCCCCCGACCACCUUCAAUUGUUUUCCUGUUUACAUACCACCUUGAAUUGUGUUUCUCUUUCAUACGACCUUGAAAGUGUGACUACGUCUCCUGACCACUUACAUUAGUGUUACCGUUUCCAUACCAACUUCAAUUGUGUUUCGGCGGCAAUACCCUUUCAAAUGUGUCUAUAUUUCCAUAUUACCUUCAGUUGUAUCUCUGUCUACUGACAACGUUUAAUUGUGCAUUCGUUUCCAGACCAUCUUCAAUUCUACUUCUGUUUCAAGACCACCAUAAAUUGGGUAAUCGACUCCAGAACAACUUCAGAUGUGUCUCCGUUCACUGACCAUCUUCAAUUGUUUCUAUUAUGUUUACAGAACACCUUUAUUUCCUUUCCAGACCACCUUCAAUUGUAUUUCUAUCUCCAGCCGACAUUAAACAGCGAGUUUCAGGCUCUUAAUCAUCUCAAUAAGUGUUCCGUUUCCAGACCACCUUGAAUAUUGUUUGUGUCUCAAGGCGAACUUGAAUUGUGUCACCGUCUGUCUCCUCAGUACGUUCAAUAUGUCUUCGUCUCAAGACCACCUUGAAUAGUGUCUCCGUCUCCUGACCAACUCAAUUUGUGUUUCCGUUUCCUGAUCACCUUCAAAAGGGCUUUUGCCUCCAGACCACUUUAUUUCUUGUCUUCGUCUCAUGACCACCUUUAAUUUCAUCUCCGUUUACUGACCAUCUUCAGUUGUGAUUACAACACUAGACCACAAUCAAUUGUGCUUCCGUUUCCAGACCACAUUCAAUUAUGUUUCCAUCUCCAGACGACCUUGAAUUGUCUCUCCAUCUCUUGACAACUUGUGUUUCCGUUUCCAGACAAUCUUGAAUUUUUUUUCGUCUCCAGUCAGCCUUCAAUUGUUUUUUUUUCCGUUCUAGACCAUCUUCAAUUGCUUCUCCAUCUCCCGACUACCUUGAUUUGUGUUUUUGUUUCUGGACCACCUUCAUGUGAGAUUCCGUCUCCAAACCACCUUCAAUUGUCUUUUCGUCUCCGGAACACCUUGCAUUGUGUCUCCAUUUCCACACAACCUUCAAUCGUGUUUACUGUAAAUUGUUGUCUACUGAGCAACUUGAAUUGUGUUUACCUUUCUAGACAACUUUAAAGUGUUAUUCCGUAAACAGGCCACAUUCAAUUAUGAUUCUGUCUCUAGACCGCAUUUAAUUGUGUUUGUUUUCGUCUCCAGACCGCCAUCAAAUGUGUUUCCGUUUCCGGACAAACUUGAAUUGUGUGUUCAGUUUCCAGACCACCUUCAUUCAUUUUAUGUCUCCAGACCACCUUGAAUUGAUUUUCCGUUUCCAGACCACCUUGAAUUGUCAUUCCGUCUCUAGACCACCUUCAAGUGUGAUUCCGUUUCAAGACCACCUACAAUUGUGUCUUCGUUUCAAUACUACCUUCAAAUAUGUUUCAGUCUCCAGAAUAACUUCAAUUGUGUCUCCGUCCCUAAACAACCUUCAAGUGUGAUUCCCUCUCCAAACCACCUUAAAUUGUGUCUCCGUUUCAAGACAACCUUCAAAUGUGCUUCAAUCUCCAAUAUUCCUCCAGUUUUGUCACCGUCUCCUGACCACCUUCAAUUGCGUUUCUGUCUUAAGGCCACAAUCAAUUAUGUUUCCUUCCCCUGACCACCUUCAACUGUGUUUCCGUCUCCAGACCUGCUUCAAUGACGUCUCUGUUUCCAGACCAACUUAAAUUAUGAUAAAACCACCGUGUCCUGACCACCUUCAGAUAUGAUUCCGACUACAGAUCACCUUCCAUUGUUUUUUCCGACUCCAGACCACCUUCAGUUGUGUCUCCGUCUCCUGACCACCUUCAUUUGUGUUUCGUCUCCAGACCACUUUCAAUUGUAACUUCGUUCCCUUACCACCUUCAGUUGUGUCCCCGUUUCCAGACCCCCUUGAUUUGUGUCCCCGUGUUCUGAUAACCUUUAGAUGUGAGUAUAACUCCAGACCACCUUGAAUCGUGUCUCCGUCUCCAGAACAACUUCAAUUGUGUUUCCGUCCCCAGACCACCUUCAAAUGUGUUUCCGUCGUCUCUAGACCACCUUGAAUUGUUUUUUUUCUUAUGUCUCCAGACCACCAUCAAAUCUGUUUACGUCUUUUGACCAUCUUUAUUUGUUUGUCCCUUUCUUCCACAUUGAGAUGAGUCUCUGACUGUCGACGACAUUGAAUAGUGUAUCCGUCUCCUGACCAUUUCAAUUAGUGUUUCCGUUCCCAGACCACCUUCAAUUGU